AUGAUGCCAUGUACUGUAUGUGUUAAGAUCAAUGAUAGAUUGAACAUCAAUGGGGAACUGUGUACUGUAAAGUACAUUGGAUCAAUACCGGCAUGGCCAAAUACGGUCGCAUACGGCGUGGAAUGGGAUCAUGACCGCAGGGGCAAGAACAACGGGUCCUUACAAGGCGUCACAUAUUUCAGUACUACGGAUAAUAGGACAAGUGGCUCUUUUAUAAAGGAGAAAGCUCUUUUGUCAACAAUGAUACAAGGUAUAUCAUUUGAAGAAGCGCUACUCAUGAAAUAUGGCGAUAAUAGAACAAGAUCAUCGGAUAUUAAGUACAAAUUUGGAUCGAAAGAAACGGAAGCAUAUGGAUUUGAAAGGCUAAACGAGUCUAACUCGAACUUUUCACAAUUAAAGAGCAUUACGCUGUCGCAAACAAAUAUCAACAAGGCAACUAAUCCUGAUAUCCAAGAUUCAAUGGUCUUCAACAACCUUUUCACCUCAGUACGAUACCUAGAUCUGUCCUUUAAUCUAUUCAGCGACAUUAAUGAGGUGUAUCGGAUAUUGACUAGGUUCCCAUGUGUCAAAACGUUGGUGUUGAGUGGGAACUGCUUUCCUGUUUUGAAGAUAGAUGAUGAGAGUUUCAAGUUCCCUCAAGUGAAAGAGAUAUCUCUAGCACGCUGUAAGCUCAAGAAUAAUGAUUUAGGCGAAAUACUAACAGUGUUUCCCUCAUUAGAAAUCAUUGACCUAUCCUGUAAUUUUUUAACUGAUCUUACAGUGAUCCAGAGUUCCUGGAAGCAGUUAAACAUUUCUGGAAAUAUGUUUUCCAAGAUACCGGCACAGUUGCUAACCAAGGGAUCUUCACUUACCCACAUUGAGGUAUCAAAUAACAAGAUCACUGGGCUAGAUGGACUGCCAACUAACGAGAAGAUUGAAUCGCUUAGGGUUGACGCAAACAAUAUACAGAACUGGAACGAAAUAGACAGAUGCAAUAAUGUAUUCCCGAAUUUACGAACACUUUGGGUCCAAAAGAACCCCAUUGUGGAGCCAGAUACACAAGCCAAUUUCUACAGUACAAUAGCGAGAAUCAGCUCGCUCACGUGUGUGAAUGGUACGCCGAUUAACGAAGAAUUGCGGAAAGAGGCAGAGUUGUACUUCAUAUCCCAAGUUCUUUCUGGCCAAAUUCAUUUAGACGACCAUUAUCGUGACCACAACGACUCAUCGGUAUGGGAACAUUUGGUUAAAAAACACAAAAUAGAUACCAAAGCUACUCGGUCUGAAAUGAGACCCAGAAACUUCCUCGACGCAGAAAUGUCAGAUUUAACUAUCGUGUACGGAUCACAUUCGGAAAAGAUCCCCAUACUGAAAAGCAUCGGCGUACGGUUCCUAAAGACCUUGCUACGGCACAAGCUACAUCUGCCUGGCAGCAGCAGCAGCAGCAUAAAACUACAAUAUUCAGUACGAGAAGACGCAACAAGACACGAGUUUAGAUAUGAAUUCUCGCCGUUGGCACUAUAUAACAUCGAGGAGAGUACAGUAUAUGUGAAUACUUAG